UAUUUUGAAGCGACAUUAGUACAUAUCCGGUCCUUGUUGUUGUCGUCGCCAAACAACUCCCCAUGUUCCAGUCGACGAGCAGGACCGCACAAGCUUUUUGAGCUUCUAGAACAUUUUUAUGCACCAGACAUGAGUGUCGAUCUCACACAAGGAGCCAUUGAGGCCCUGUUCUCACAGUCUCACAUCAACAAUCCAGUCUUGCAGGUUUUGAAAAUCCGUGAGAUCGUUGGCAGCCAGGGACCCUCCAAGUACCGCCUGGCUCUGAGCGAUGGAGUUCACAUGUCCCCUUGGUUCGUGGUGGUCACGGAGUUAAGCCACCUGGUGGAGUCCAAGCAACUGAGCCCUGGCUGUGUCUGCAUGCUGAAGAAGACCAACAAGUCCUAUUUGUCCAACAAGAAGCUGGUGCUGGUGGUGUUGGACAUGGACGUGUUGCAGAGUGCUGAGGAGACCGGGGGAACCAUCGGGAAUCCCAGUCAACUCAAUGCUGCAGAUAGCGCCACCUCAGGCCGGCAGGUGUCAGACGUGAGCUCCUCAGACACAGAAGCAGCCUCCAUGUCUGGUGACACACAGGGAGCGUCUGCAAGCAGCAUGAGAGGACUCAUGGAAAACUCUCCUAUGAAGAUGUCCCCUAUGAAGAUGUCGCCUAUGAAAGCAUCCCCCAUGAAGGUGUCUCCUCUAAAGGCGUCCCCGAUGAAGGCGUCCCCUAUGAAGGCGUCCCCUAUGAAGAGUCCAAUGAAAGUGAUACCAAUUGAGAACCUCAAUCCCUACGUGAGCAAUUGGACCGUCAGAGCCAGAGUCACCAGCAAGUCCAACAUCCGCCAUUGGAGCAACUCCAGAGGGGAGGGCUCGGUCUUCUCCUUCGAGGUGGUGGACCAGAGCGGGGAGAUCAAAGUCACUGCCUUCAACAACGAAGUGGACAAGUUCUUCCCUCUGGUGGAGCCCAACCAGGUCUACCUGAUCUCCAAAGGCUCUCUCAAAGUGGCCAACAAGCAGUACAACACGCUCAACAACAACUACGAGAUGACGCUCAACGCCAACUCGCUCAUCGUGCCGUGCCAGGACGGCCAGGGCGUGCCCACCGUGCGCUGCGACUUCGUGCCCAUCUCACAACUGGAGAACACCCACGCCGACACCAUCGUGGACGUGAUCGGCGUGUGCGAGGAGGUGGGCGACGUGGCCGUCAUCAACACCAAGGCCGGCAGACAGACCCAGAAGAGGGAGCUCACCCUGACCGACUCCAGUGGAAAGAGGGUGACGCUGACUCUGUGGGGAGACGAGGCUCAGAAGUUUGAGGUGCUCUCCAACCCCGUGGUCGCCAUCAAAGGAGCCCGCUUGUCUGACUUUGGCGGCCGCUCGCUCUCGGCGGUCUUCAGCUCCACGCUCAUGGUCAACCCGGACGUCCCGGAGGCCGUCACGCUGAGAGCCUGGUACAACCAGGUAGGACACUCCCUCCACAGCCAGUCCUUGACAGAGUUGCGCUCCAUGGGCGGAGAAGCCAGGACCAACUGGAAGUCUCUCAGCGACAUCAAGACGGAACUAAUGGGACACAGUGAGACGGCGGACUACUGCAGCUGCGUGGCCACGGUUCUGUUCAUACGCAAAGAGAACUGUCUGUACCGGGCCUGUCCCAGCGCCUCCUGCAACAAGAAGGUGGUGGAGCGGGACGGACGCUACCACUGCCAGAAGUGUGACAAGGACUUCCCCGACUUCAAGUACAGAUUUAUUCUCUCCGUCAACUUAGCAGACUUCGAGGACAACCAGUGGGUGACCUGCUUCCAGGAGACGGCGGAGGCCUUACUGGGUGUGAGCGCCGACGCUCUGGGAUGUCUGAGGGACACGGAUGAGGACGCCUUCCAGGAAGUGCUGAGGAAAGUCACCCACACCACGCACGUCUUCAGGACCCGGGUCAAGCUGGAGACGUACAACGACGAGAGUCGGGUGAAGGUGACGGUUCUGGAGGUCCUCCCUCUGGACCACAGGCAGUACAGCAGGAGGUUGCUGGCCAACAUCCGCACACUGUCCUGCAGGACCUGAACCAGGAGGUCCAGCAUCACAAAACUGUCCUGCAGGACCUGAACCAGGAGGUCCAGCAUCACAAAACUGUCCUGCAGGACUCUUGAGUCCAAAGAGCCGACAUCACAACACGUCCUUUCUUUGGUCUCCACAACUGAACCAGUUUUUUCAUUCCUCACAUUUGGAUUUGUUCUAGAAGCUGCCAAUGAUGAGUCACUUAGUGUGCUGCUUUCCAGAGAGAAAGGAAACGUGUGUGUGUGUGUGUGUGUGUGUGUGUGUGGGCCGUGCACGUGUCGUCUUUUAACAUUAUUUAUAGUGCACGUGACAUUAUUUGUAGUGCACGUGUCGUCUUUUAACAUUAUUUAUAGUGCACGUGACAUUAUUUGUAGUGCACGUGUCGUCUUUUAACAUUAUUUAUAGUGCACGUGUCGUCUUUUAACAUUAUUUAUAGUGCACGUGACAUUAUUUGUAGUGCACGUGUCGUCUUUUAACAUUAUUUAUAGUGCACGUGACAUUAUUUGUAGUGCACGUGUCGUCUUUUAACAUUAUUUAUAGUGCACGUGUCGUCUUUUAAUGUUAUUUACAGAGCACAUGUGAGGAGUUGUGUUGAUGCAAAGCAGGAGAAAAGAUGAUUAAAACAGACAUUUGUAUCAUAUUGCUGUUAUCAUUUGUAUCAUAUUGCUGUUAUUAUUUGGUGUGGCCACUGAUCUUGUGACUGGAACAUCACCUGGACACACCUCAUGGACCUCAUCUUGAUGGUACCGCCCACUUCCCGACGUCUUCAUCCAGGUGACCUGACGCCUUCAUCCAGGUGACCUGACGCCUUCAUCCAGGUGACCUGACGUCUUCAUCCAGGUGACCUGACGUCUUCAUCCAGGUGACC